AUGGAUCACGAGAUCGCGUCAACACGCGUGUUGAACGAUCUUCCUAUUCACCACACCUUAGCAGAGGCAAUGUCUCCAGAACCAACAGCAGACGAUCUCAACGAUCUUUUUGAUUACGAUAUUGGCCUCGAUGAGGUCGUCCCAGACACCACCGCCACCAACAACGCGUCCAAACCCUCGGCACCAGGAGACUCUGCCGGCCUGGGUCUCGACGAAGAGGUCAAGGUCACCAAGAAACGGCAACCUGUCGCCAAACUAGAUGAAGCUCGGUUUGUCUCGAUCUAUUUGGCGGAAAGGGUGUCAAUGACUGACCUGAGAGCAUGGGAACAGUUUUCGGACACGGCCCGCCUUCUGAACUUCUACCAACUCUGGCUGGACGACCUAUUUCCAAAAGCGAAAUUCGCCGAUGGCCUGGCGAUGAUCGAAAAGCUGGGCCAUUCCAAGCGUAUCCAAACCAUGCGACGGGAAUGGAUCAAUGAAGAGAAGCCGAAGUUGUUCGUUUCCUCCGACGACGCACCACGACGAACGGCCAACCCCCGUGAACAAGGUUCUGAUGACCAGAACUUGUUUUUCUCCGAUAAUGUGGAUGCAGGACCGACCGUUAGCCAUCCCGAGCCAGAAGACGAUGAUCUCGAUGAUCUUCUGAGGGAACAAGAUGAAGAGGGUCCUGCCGAUGCUGGCGGAUCAUCGGGGGUGCCGGGGAGAAGUCGGGAUGACUUUGACGCGGAAUAUGAAGCCAUGCAGGAGCUUGGGAUGUAG